AUGGCGGAUAGUACCCUUACGCCUCAAUUUGAUGAUGGAGAUAUAGCAUGGAUGCUAGCUUCAACAGCACUUGUAUGGUUCAUGGUACCCGGCGUAGGAUAUUUCUAUAGUGGAAUGGCGAGAAGCAAGAAUGCGUUAUCUUUAAUAAUGUUAUGUUUCUUGUCCGUGCCCGUCGUUUCAAUACAGUGGUUUAUAUGGGGAUACAGUCUUGCAUUUAGUAGGACAGGAGGCUCAUUCAUAGGAAAUUUACGGAAUGCAUUCUUCAUGAAUGUCGGGGGAGAUCCAACUUUAAAGGUUGAGUCUGUUCCGGAGAUCGUUCACGCCAUCUAUCAGUGUAUGUUCGCAGCAAUUACGCCGGCGUUAGCUAUUGGUGCAGCAGCGGAGCGAGCUCGUAUGGGUCCUUUGCUCGUAUUCAUUUUCAUUUGGACGACAUUGGUCUAUGAUGUGAUCGCUUGCUGGAUUUGGUCGGCGAAUGGAUGGUUUAAAUUAAUAGGAGGAAUCGAUUUCGCGGGUGGUACUCCCGUGCACAUUGCAUCUGGAGCUGCCGCUCUCGCUUAUUGCUUGAUGCUUGGGAAACGUCACGGACAUGGAAGGGAUGAAUUUAAACCUCAUAAUAUCGUAAAUAUCAUCCUCGGCACCACGUUAAUGUGGUUUGGAUGGUUUGGAUUUAAUGGUGGUUCCGCAUUCGGAGCAAAUGUUCGAGCUGCCAUGGCCAUUAUGGUUACAAAUUUGGCUGCUUCUUUUGGAGGCCUUACAUGGAUGCUAAUGGAUUAUCGAUUGGAAAAAAAAAUCUCUGCUUUAGGAUUUUGCUCUGGCGCGAUUGCGGGAUUGGUUUGCGUGACUCCAGCGAGUGGGUACAUCACACCACCUAUUUCUGUGAUAUUCGGAAUCUGUGGAGGAGUCUUGUGCAAUUUAUCCGUUAAAUUAAAACAUCUUAUGGAUUUUGAUGAUGCCUUGGAUGUUUUCGCCGUUCAUGGAAUUGGAGGCAUUUGUGGAAACAUUCUUCUCGGUAUCUUUGCCGAUAAAGAAAUUGCGGCUCUUGGUGGUGAAAAGAUUCUAGGAGGAGUUAUAAACGGGCAUUAUGUUCAAUUAGCAUAUCAAUUAGCUUCUUCUGUUGCCGGUCUUUCUUAUUCGUUUGUCGUAACCGGGAUAAUAUUAUAUGUGCUUAAUAAAAUUCCCUUGUUGAGGUUAAGGAUGAAUCCUGAAGAGGAAGAACUUGGUACCGACGAAUCUGAAUUAGGCGAAUCUGCUUAUUAUUACCUUGAUAGGGUGGUGAAUUCCUUUCAAUUACAAAUUCAAUCCAAAACAUUAAUGACUUCACCUGCUCAAAUUACACAAAUAAAUGAUUCCGCGAAUCAUUUACAUAAUACUUAA